GUUUUGUACAAGCGCUGGCAAUCUCCCCUAUAAUAUCUGGUGGCACUCUCCCACCCUCCCCUAUAACCUGUGUUUAAAAUACAGACGAUUUAUUCGUUUUUUCUGAAUAAAUUGAACAAAAUUGAUACAUAACUUUCUCUUCUCAUUUUGAUAACAAAUAGUUGUGCACAUGAGUGAUGAUAAUAAUGAAAGUGGAAAUUCAGACGUCAUUUGUCUGGAUUCAAGCGAGAAAUCUACCGAUGGCGAUAAGCUGGAAGAGGAAGAGGGUGAGGUUAGCGAUGAAGUGAUAAUUUGUGACAAAUCAGUGUGUUUUAAUGAGACAUUGCCACCGGGAAUUGCUCCAGAAGGAUUCAUUAUCAUUGAUGAGGCGAUUGAAGUAGUGAAAAACACAGGUGAAAUUUCUUCGGAACCAGAAGACGGUACACAGGCACCAAUUUUGAAGGUUACUUUUAGGGAUGAAGGCGUUGCAAGAAAAUACAAAGGAAAAAUUCAAGACUUCCUAACUCAACUCAUCUUCGGUGAAGCUACCGAAGAUAGAAAUGCAUCGAAACCAACCUUGGCUAUCUGGCCCUCAAGAGACUCAAAAAAUCGAAUAAUCCCUGAAAAUAACUUUUACAUGAUUGACAACAAUCCUGAUUCUCAAGAGAGUCUUGACAUUCCCACGUAUGGUAAGAAAUUCGAGAGAGUCCUAAAUGAUGUAAGUGAUCCACCUGCGGCAGACGAAAAAGGAAAGACAACUUCAAAACUCAACUGCUUCAAUUGUUUGGGAAGUCAUAAUUUACGUGAUUGUCCAGAACCUCGAAAUAUUCUGGAGAUUAACAAGAAUAGGAAGGAAUUCAAUUCUCGGAAUGGGCCUAGAUCCGUGAGGUAUCAUGUCGAGGAAGAUGCAAAAUUCGAUCACUUCAAACCUGGAGUCCUGAGUCCGGAACUGAGAAAAGCCUUAGGAUUGGCUGAUGACGAACUCCCUAGGCAUAUUUACAAAAUGAGAAUACUUGGCUAUCCCCCAGGGUGGCUGGAGGACGCUCGUCUCCAGCACUCUGGUAUAAAUCUUUAUAACUCAGAAGGAAUGAGAGAGACAGAGCCGGAUGAAGAGCAAGGUGAGAUCUUCACACCAGAGUCUAGGGAUAAGUAUGAUAUAAGAAAGGUCCAUGAUUUCCCUGGCUUCAAUAUACCAGCACCACCAGGAAUUCUAGAUGCUGGGUGGAAUGUGGAGCAACGAAAAAUCCAUUCCAAAGAUACGAUGCUGGCUAAAAUGAAUGGUAGAAAAGCGGAAGAGGGGUACAAGAGGAAGAAAAUGAAGCAAAGUGAAGCAGUACAUAAUUCACGAACUAUAGAAAAUGCACAAAUGGAAAUCGAAAUUAUAGAAGAUGCACCUAUAGAAUCGUUGGAUGAGAGCGGUUACUUUGUGCCUCCAAUUCCAAAGGAACCAGAGCCCUGCCAACGACACCGCUCUCCACCUCCAAUCGCACCCCUUGAAGAGGAAACUUCUCCAACUGAAUUGAGAUCAACCGGGGCCUCCUCUUCACCGACUGAAUCGGAAAACAGACAGCAAAAAUUGUGUGACUCAGUGAAGAAUACUCAUUCCGAAUUGAGUGCUGGAACCACGUCGAUAUAUUAUUCGAAUAUGCUUGCGAUAUCUGAUCAGCGAGAUAGAAUUGGUAGAGUUACAUCUGUGGAUCUCGGAACCCCAAUUUUACAGAGUACAUCUCCUUUUACAAAAUUGCCAGCCAGUGCAAAUUUUUCCAAGGACAUUUGUGAAGUCAUUAACUUUGAAAACUUACCAAAUUCUACUGGUAAAUAUAAAAAAAUGACGGAAAUUUUGCAGAAAGUGAGAGGAACACUUUCUCAUGCUCCUUAAUCAUAAAAAUCUCUGCUUUUUCACCUUUUUCCGUUUGUAAAAUACGAUCAUCAUAAGAGACAGAGAGUGAAAGAACUACAUUUUUUUCUCCAUAAAUUCUUCCAGUUCGUGGAAUGUCAUGAAGAGUGAUUGACGUAAUUUAAUCUUUAUCACCACUAAAAUAUAGAAAAUUCUGGGUAAAAUAGGCUAAAGUGGAUAUAUUAUUUUUGAAAUUUUGAGAACAUCGAAAAUAAUCCCCUCUAUCAAUAUAAUUCAAAAUACUUAGAUAUCUAAGUUUACACGAUGUUUACACCCGCUAGCGAUAUUUUACGUCUUUCACAAUGAGAAAAAAAAAAUAUUUUUCCGCUCUGCUGCUCACGACUUUUCGAUUAGAAAUGGUCACUUUCCUAACUUGAAAUCACUGCGGAAAAAAAUUAUCAGGACUAUGUUCAUUAAAUUUUUCCAACAGGUGUGGUUUUUUAGUUCACGCCUUCGGCUUAGACGCCGAUUCUAUCGGCGUAAAAAAUCUUAUACCCACAACCCGGAAAUAUACUAGAUCCACUUCAUGUGCCUCCCUAUCUAUUUCCACAAAUUCUCCUGGUGAUAAAGAUUCAGUUGUGAUAAUAACACAACACACAUCUUCCUGUACUCCACAUGGUUUUACUCUUUUGUUUCUUUCCAGCAUAAUAUAAUUUUUCAUUGAUCAAUUCGAAAAGAUUUAACCAAAUGGAAAAUCGAAAAUCGAUUCUGGACGCCUAUGGCAUAAAAAUAUUGAAAGCAAUCGAAAUAUAACUCGGCAGAUUUUUUGGGUAUUUUAUUUAUAAAACAGAUUCGAGGAGAAUGAUUCCCAUACAUACUAUCUGUAAACAAUGUUCGUUGUACGUUUGUGCAUAUGACAAAACGAUUUUUUCCCCCAUUUAUUAGCACUUUGCGAUAAAUAUAUAUUUUUUUAAUAGUUUCGCAUUCAAAAAUUACAGUACAAAGAUUAAUAACUUGUAGUCAGAUAAUGGUUUGCGAAGAAUUCGUACAGACAUUUCCAACUUGUGCUUUCGUACAAUUAACAUCCUAUUUUACUGAAAAACCGCAGACUCCAUAUAUAUUUUGUUUUUACUUUUUUUUCAGCCUACAUGCAUUUAUGUGGUGCAGUUCCCCUUCAUGCGGGUCUGUACCAAAACUUUAAAUAAAGAACAAAAAAAAACUGUCUAUACGAGAUAACAAAAUAAUCGAACGCGGUCUUAAGGGAGUCUCAUCGUUGGCUUGAAUACUAAUUCAAUUCAAUUCAAUAUAAGCAAUAAAUUAUGGUGGAAAUCAUGUUAAAGGAAAAAUCUUGCUCAAUUUAUAUAAGGUAAAGGGAGUCUCUGAUUAAAAAUAAUAUCUGACCGUUCGUCCAAUUUUCGAAAUUUUCAGAGUUGACGAGUAUUCAUUGAUUAACUAAAAAUCCUACGAACAAUAAUAUCCAUAGUUUGGUUUGCAGUCAGAGACACGCCAUACUAAUGCCCUGUUGCUUAACUCAUCGCAAGUCUGUCCUUUUGAAAAUAUUCUAACCCUGGAAAAAAUUUCCUCCUUCUCUAAUCACAUCAUAGGGGAAAAAUGACAAACAACUGUUUUGAAAAUUCAUGACAAAAAUUGUUAAUCUGAUUGACCAAUAAAAUUGUGGUUAAGACAUUUAUCUGAUUUAUCCCCCGCUACCCUCCCGCACCAAUUCAAAUGAUUUAAUAUAGUAUUAAUCACUCGUCUUGUCAACAGCAAGGCGAAGGACGAUUGUAAGAAGUUCAGGGCCAACCGAGUUUACUGAACUGAAUUUAUGCUGAACCGUUUUUCGGUAUAUUUUUCUCCUUGUGGUUUCUUCCUGUAUUCUCCCGUAAUUGUCUGUAUGAGAAAAUACGAAUGGAUUUUAUACUAAUUAUUGUUUUUAGUGCACUUCACCCAUGCAUUUACCAUAUUUUAUGCCUAGGCAUGUCUCAUCCUAUGCGUCUCCGUAACUUCCGUGUAUUUAUCACAAAGGAUACAAUAAUUGGGAAAACUACCUUAUGUAUUCGAUUGUACAUCGUUAGUACAUGAUUGUACUCGAAUGUUUUUAUACAUUCACUCAUUAAUUAUAAAUAAUUAUUCCAUUUUUGCCAUGAUGCUGGCCGGAAUAAAAUGAAAAAUUGCUCAAUGGGUCAAAAAAAUGGUCAAUUCGAUAGGAAAUUGUUUGUAUAUCAUGAAUUACAUACUUUCUUCGUUUGUACAUUCCUUAGUGUCGCCGCACGAAAAUUAUGCGUUUAAGCUUGCGAUGCAAACUCAAUUCAAUGCACAAAAUUGGCAGCAGCUUGUUUCGACCUCGACAGAAUCGGAGUUACACAUGUAUCAGUCCUGAAAAGAACUUAUAGGAAUGUCUUCUGAAUUAUUGGGUGUUCUUAUAGGAGCCACAUAAAGUAUAUAAGAUCAUAUGUGAAUCAUAUGGCCCUAGAUGCCUAACGAAAUUCAUUGAAAUUGAGAUCUGGGCCAUACAUCGGAAGUUCAAACUCAAGUAUUAAAUUGGCAAUAGUAAGGGAUGAUAUGAUGCAGAGACAAAAAGAUAUAGUAUUCUAUCAAGAACCGAAGAAGGAAAUAAAAAUAUAGUUCCUACGCAUAUCUAUUCGGAAGCAUAUUAGUAAUGUAUUGCCAAAAAGGCAACGAUUGAUGCAAUGGAAGAUGCUCAUAUGUUUAUUUCAAACCUAAUGGAGUCGAUACACUUGAUCAGAAUUCAAUAUGGAAAAAUAAAACACCGUUAUUCAGUAUAGAAAAGCAGGAAUGUAUUUCACAUUAAUAUAUUUUUUAACGACCUAUUAUUCAUUAGUUGGAUAAUAUUGAAUAAUCCAGUACUACAUCUUUUAAAAAAUUAGUCGAGACUUAAAAAGUAAUCCGAAUACUUGAAAUUGUCUCUCUUUUCCAACAUUAAGGCCGGGAUGGGCUAUCUGUCGAACGUCAUCUAUUGUUUAAAUUAUAUCUUCUUAGCUUGAAAUACAUUAAAAUUUGGGAUCAAAUUUGUGUUGCCGGAAGCACUUGAAAAAAAAAAUUGAUAAAAAAAAAGAGGAAAAAUUUAUUGAAGGGCGCUAAAGAGCGAUAGUGUUUUAAAGGGUUCUACCAUGUUUA